GAAGGCGACGGCAGCAGUGCGCGCGGAUGUGCGUAAUUUGUUUCUCGCGUGAAUGCGCACCUGAGAAAAAUCCCGAACGAUCCGGUUUCAGACGCUCACACCAGUGUGUGUGUGGACAGGAGUGUGAUCAGGCCGGCCUGGUAGUGUGUGUGGACGAGAUAAAUUGUCGCUGAUAGUGUAAAGGCGGUGUUGUAUUCGGGGGAACGCAGUGGGAGGAGGAAAGUGUUACGCAGAUUCGCCCCGAAGUGUCGGUGAAGUCCUGAUCUGUCGCCCGGAGUGACUCGGUGUUUGUGCGCCGGAAUGCCAGUGUGAUCUGUGUUGAGCAUGGAUCAGAGCGGCUGUGUGAAUCUGUGCAGUCUGACCAGCACGCUGCCGGUGAUCCCCUACCGCAAACUCACCGACCUGCACUACAUCAGCAAAGGCGGCUUCGGCACCGUGUUCCGCGCGCAGCACAGCGACUGGCGCACCACCGUCGCCAUUAAGUGCUUAAAACUGGACUCCCCGGUCGGUGAAAGAGAAAGGAAUUGCUUACUGAAAGAGGCCGAAGUGCUUCACAAGGCCAGGUUCAACCACAUCAUCCAGAUCUUCGGCGUGUGCAACGAGCCCGAGUUUUUCUGCAUCAUCACCGAAUUCAUGACCAAUGGCUCUCUGGACGAGCUUCUGCACGAGAAAAACAUGUAUCCAGUGGUGGCCUGGCCUCUCAGGCUGCGCAUUCUGUAUGAAAUCGCUCUGGGUGUGAACUUUCUCCAUCACAUGACUCCACCGCUGCUCCAUCAUGACCUGAAAACACAGAACAUUCUUCUGGAUGGCGAGUACCACGUGAAGAUAGCCGACUUUGGUUUGUCAAAAUGGCGCCAGCUCUCGAUUAGCAAAGGUUCCGGAUCGAAGCCAGCUGAGAUGGGCGGCACAGUCAUCUACAUGCCUCCCGAAGAGUACGAACCCAACAAGACUCGGAGAGCGGAUGUCAAACAGGACAUGUACAGUUAUGCCAUCAUCACGUGGGAAGUGUUGUCUCGACGGAUACCUUAUGAAGAGGCUACAAACCCCAUGCAGAUAAUGUUCAGUGUCCUGCGUGGCUCUCGACCAGACACUGGACUGGACAGCCUGCCAGCGGAUAUCCCCAGCAGAGAGACGCUCAUCAACAUCAUGACGUGCGGCUGGACCGCCAAUCCUGACGAGCGCCCCUCUUUCCUCAACUGUCUUAUCGAACUGGAGCCCAUGCUACGGAGGUUUGACGAAAUCGAUGUCCUGGAGGCGGUGCUGGAGGUCAAAAGGUCAAAAUUUAUGCGACCAUUGAGCAGCGCUUCAACAACAACGACAAUGAUGGCGAGUAUGAAAAAAGCAGAUAAGAGUCUGAAGGAACAGAACACUCCCUGGCCAGACACCAGCUCUACCUCAGGAUCAGGGUCUUGCUCCUCCCAGGACACGGAUAUCUCCCAACCAGGUUACCUUACCAUCUCCAAUCCCUCGAAUGCUGGACCGUUGUCAUCUGUCGUGUCCAUACCACUGGACGCCCCCAAACCCUUAAUAGAUCAGGUCUCUCCGAACAAUCUGAAUCCUCAAUAUCCGAUGGCUCAGCUUGUCUCGGACUACAGCAUCCCCCUCAGACCACACCCACCUCAAAGUGAGAGCAACUUUCCCGUAAACAUUCACCCGCUCACCCUACAGGCACAUCCGCAAGAUUUCCCAAUGCCAGCAGACAACCAGGGCCCGGCAGCACGAUGGAUCAGCUCUCGACGGGAGGAGGUUGUGCGCCAAAUGACGGAGGCAUGUCUAAACCAGAGCCUGGAUGCGCUGCUGGCUCGCGACUUGCUCAUGCGUGAGGACUAUGAGCUGGUGGCAAACCAGCAGACACGCACUGCCAAAGUUCGCAAGCUUCUGGACACAUGCGAGCGCCACAACGAGGAGUUUUGCCGUGUGGUGGUGCGCAAGCUGCAGGACAACAGGCAGAUGGGCCUGCAGCCAUUUCCGGACCUUACUUCCCCGACACCUCCGCCUCCACCUCCCUACAGCGCCGCCACCGCUCCACCACUCUCCACCUCUAGCAAUAACCUACUACGCAACAUCUUCUGAGCUUUUCAGCUUCCCUCAGAACUGGCCACUUUGGGAAUAGACAGCUGAGGGAUUUUCUUGCUUUGCUGCUUUUUCAUCGUUGUGAACUAAAUUCAUUGGCCUUGUUCUGUAGAAAUUACACUCUACCCUGCUGUGGUUGUAGGACUGGACCACUUUUUUUUUUUUUUUCCUUUUCAUCCAGGUUAUUCCCAAGUUCUUUCAGUGUUUCUUGUUGGAGUAGCCUGUACCGUUCCUGCAAAAGAUGAUUCAAGAUUUUUAUCAUUUGAUCACAAUUGUCCUUGCCAUGGAUAGUCAUUGGGCAAUCCAAAUUACACCAUCAUCUUCUCAUUUUUAGGCUGAACUGGUUGCUUGCGUCUAUUGGACAAGAGAAUGUUCAAUCUGUGGACGUGAACCAGGAUCAGCCAAGUGAAGUCUAUGAAGAACCUCGUCUUCCUUUUAGCUCGUGUUUUUAUUUUUUGGAUAUGCAUCAGUAUGAAGUUUUGUGGAGUUUAUACACCAGUUGGCUUUGUGAAAACUGGAUCUCGCUUUGGUAUUAAAUGCAGCGCUCGCAAGGGUGUUUUCCAUGGUAUCCGUCAGAAAAUUGGUGGUUUGCCGUUGAUGUGUUUUUAAGUUAAAUUUACGUACACUUAAAGGUUGCACUGUGUGCCGAAACAAAGCUUGUCGUGAGGGGUUUUUUUGUUGUUGUUUUUUUGCACUGGAUCAUCCAGAUCUGGAAAUAACUGACAACUGAUUUUGGAACAUUGGAAUCGAUCACUGAAGCCACGCCCUACACUUUCUCCAGCAUACUAGGUUGGGUGGAGUCCAGAGGUGCCAGGUUGGAUUACAGUAAUUCACUGUAUAAUAUUACCUACAUUGUGCAGUUAUAUUAUAAUGUAUGUUGUUAUAGUAUGGCAAUAUACGAUACUUCAGCCAAAAUGAUGAACAACUGCAGGAAAGGAAUGCUAAACUCGGUUAGCAUCAGUCAUGGUUAUGCUAAGCAGGGGUGGACAAAUCAUAAUUUAUUCACUAGCCACCAGGCAAGCGAGUGCUCCAAAGCUUACCCAGCUAACAUGCUCAAGUACACCUUGUUGGACAACCGGACAUCCAGGGGAUGGAUUGGACUUGAUCCAACUGCUCCUACCUGGGUAGAGUUGAAUGAAAAGUUUGGGGAUAUGCAUUUCAGGCUGAAUCCCUGUGCUCUACAGCAUCUCAUAGGAUAGGGUUAGGCUUAUAGGAGCUGGACCAGGUCCAGAUUCACCCCCUGGAUAUUUGGUUCUCCAGUGAGCAGGAACGUAACACCUUUUUUUGACAAGGUUGGGUAGUUCUGCACAUUAAUCCAGGUUAUAAGAAUUAAGCAGGUACUUAGAGAAGAAUGCAUCCGAGAAACAGCCAGAUCGCAUUAUUGGAGUGUGUACAUAGUGCAGCAGUUGGAGGGAUUCGGAAAAAGAGUAGCCACACCAUCAAGAUGCUUUGUAACACAAAUUUGCGCAUGUUAUGUUAUGUUGAUGCUUAAAUAUGCAUAUCUACAGUGACCAUAAGUGCAAAACACAUAUUAGAAACAGCAAAUCAAACAACAGACCUUAUUAAAUAUCUCACAAUUCCACUUUUUCACGCUUAUCAGUCUAGCAGAAGUUGAAUGCAAAGUUACUUAUGUUGUUAUUCUGAGGAGGAAUUCUUUAUUUCUCAUCAGUUUGGUUGGUUUUCAGUGUUUGCAAACUCGUACAGUAUUAAUGCCAUGCGAAGUCGAUGACAUAUCUACAAUAAUAUUGUCUGAUAAAGAUAUACACUCACUGACCAUUUUCUUAGGAACACCCAUCCAGUUCUCUAGUCAGCCAAUACAAUCAUGCAGCUACAAAUCAAGAGCUUCAGUUAAUGUUCAAAUAUCAGAACGGGAAAAAUUGUGAUCUCAAAGUGUAACUUUCACUGUGGCAUGGGUGUCGUCUCUAGAAUUUACACAGAACGGUGCGGAAAACAAAAAACAUCGAGUUGAGCGAGGGACCGUUCUGUGGGUGGAAACAAAUGCCUUGUUGAUAAGAGAGGUUGGAGGAAAAUGACCAGAUUGGUUCGGAAGGAUAUAGUAACUCGUAUAAUCACUCUUUACAACCGUGGUGAGCAGAAAAGCAUUUCAGCAUGCAACAACAGAAGACCACAUUGGGUUCCACUCCUGCAGCCAAGAACAGGAAUCUUAGAAUCAACAACUAGUUCCUAUUAAAGUGGCCGGUGACUGUAUACCUAAUAUUACUGUUUUGGGUUUUGUUUUGUUUUGUUUUUUUACCUCUGUCUGCCCGUUCGUCUGGAUCUCCGUCUGGAACAAAAGCAUCAUUUAGCUGUUGCAUAGCACAUUCUUUCUUACUAUAAAUUCAUUCUGUGUUUUCCUUCGUGUCCUCAACGAGCAUGUGAUGUUCAGCAAGGGCCGCCCAUUUCCACGUUGAGUUCAUGUUGACUUGUUUGCUGUUGCAUUUUACAUUUUCGAAGUUGUAAUGUUUUGUCUUGCUGUUUUCUUUCUGAUUUGCUGCUGUUUUUUUUUUCUUUGCGUUUUCUGCUUUGCAGCUGCAGUUUGGUUUGGUAAGGUGUUUUACACUUACCGUGCCUAUUUUACUUUAGCAGGAGUUAAUAGGAAGUAUGGAUUUUUUUUUUCCUUUCCCUGAUUGUUGGAUGAGUGAAGUAAGGAAAACCCUGAAAACCAUUUUAUAAUUAGCAGUAAAUUAGCUAUAAAUUAGUCAUGGUCCAUGACAAAUCUUGUGAUUCAUUUCUAUAGUAAGUAUACUGUACAUAUAUCAUGAUAUGAUGUGAAUUUUGAACAAAAAAAAAAAAUUUAAAUCUGUAACAUAGAAAAAGGUAGUAUGUAUCAACAUCAGAUUGAUAACUUCAUGAUUAUUUUUUUUUUGUUAAGUGAUAAUUCAUAUAGUAAAAUGUAUAAAUAGAAUUACAUUAUAUAUGGGGUUUUUUUAAUAUAAAAAGAUAUCUCGAUACUUGUGAUCUCAAUACCAGGAAAGACUAUUGUGGCAUACAUUUAAUGGCCACUUUAUCACGCAGAUACAAAUCAAGAGCUUCAGCUAAUGUUCACUUCAAACAUCAGAAUAGGGGAAAAAUCAUGAUCUCGAAGUGUGACCUUUCUUUCACUGUGGCAUGGUUGUUGGUUUGAGCCAGAUGAGUAUUUCUGGUUUGAGUAUUUCGGAAACCGCUGAUCUCCUAGGGUUUUCACGUAUAACAGUCUUGAGUUUACAUAGAACGGUGCGAAAAACAAAAAACGAGUGAGUGAGUGAGUAAGUGACAGUUUUGUGAGUGGAAACAAACGCCUUGUUGAGAAGGGAGGUCAGAGGAAAAUGGCCAGAUUGAGCAGUUCGAGCUGUCCGGAAGGCUAUAGUAGCUCAUACAGUAUAAUCGCUCUUUACAUCCGUGGUGAGCAGAAAAACAUCUCCGCAUGCAACAGCAGAACAACACGUUGGGUUCCACUCCUACUAGCCAAGAACAGGGAUCGUAGAAUCAUCAUGUUCCUAUUAAAUUACACUCAGUGGCCACUUUGUCAUGAUAUCAAUAGAUCCUCAUAUCGCCCAGACCUACAGUGAAAGGCAAAACUGAUGCCUUGAAUUUGUAACUUGUUUGUCCCGGCUAGUGAUUUGUCCACCCAACAGCAUGCCUGAACCAUUAUCACACCGGACCCUGCUACAGGGAAUAUUUAGAUUGUGCUACUGGAUCUCGAGCACCUUAUAUUCAGUAUGUCUGGUACCCAUCAUGUCCAUUUGUACUGACACUGUAGAAUGUGUUUGUGUUUACAGCAGCAGUUUUGCUGCGUGUAUUUUGUUUCCAUUAACUCCACCUGACCCUCAUCUUUCCCCUCGUUAUCCCAACUGUCCGUCCAUCCAUCCAUCCAUUAUCUGUAGCCGCUUUAUCCUGUCCAACAGGGUCGCAGGCAAGCUGGAGCCUAUCCCAGCUGACUACGGGCGAAAGGUGGGGUACACCCUGGACAAGUCGCCAGGUCAUCACAGGGCUGACACAUAGACACAGACAAACACUCACAUUCACACCUACGGUCAAUUUAGAGUCACCAGUUAACCUAACCUGCAUGUCUUUGGACUGUGGGGGAAACCGGAGCACCCGGAGGAAACCCACACGGACACGGGGAGAACAUGCAAACUCCGCACAGAAAGGCCCUCGCCGGCCCCGGGGCUCGAACCCAGACCUUCUUGCUGUGAGGUGACAGCGCUAACCACUACACCACCAUGCCGCCCUUAUCCCAACUGGUUUUGUCCAAUUUUAGGUUUCGAGAAGCUGCUUUCUUUUUUUUCCGCAUUGCAGAUGAUGGGCUUGCGAAGUCGCUUAGCUGUUUUUGGUUGGUCAGGUUACACGUUAAAAAAUAACACUGGGUUUGGAAUCCCAUCUGCUUUGACUUGCCUGUUGGUUCUGAUUUAGUAUUUAAAAGAAGAGACUUACGAAGUAUUUUUGGUUCUUUGCAUGAUCUUAAGCGAUGCACUAGACCGUAUCAUCAGUGUAUUUGCGUAUUAUGUUUGUGUUAAUUUUUGCAGAGUAUUGUGUCAGUUUGUCGGCGCCGAUCAUGAACGUAGAUCAAGGCGUCAGAACAUCGCGUUGCGAUAUAGUAUCCUGUCUGUUGGGUGAAUUUAAAAAAUAAAAAUAAAAAAAUCUGUGCCAAACUAAACCUUGCCUUAAUGAUAUAGAUGCUAGGCCUAAAUAAAGAGGAUUAUUUUUGUCAUAACAGCUUUAUUCCUUUAUUUUGUUGUAUCUCUAAAAGUGCCAUCUUUUGCCAUUUUUUUUGUAAAACUAGAUGCUGUCAUGAGAAACCGUGUGCACAUUACAAACAAUGCAUAGCCAAUGUAGCAAUGUACAGGUGUCAGGAAUGUGAUCUGUGUAUGUGCUCUAGUAUGAACGUAAUGAGAAUCUUCCAGAGAAGUUCUGUGUUAUUAAAAUGUGUAGCUCUCCAUUA